GAUUCAGUUUCUAACAAUUUUGCAAGGGAAUCGAACAAAAGUGCUCGUGGAUCCGUUUUCGACGAAAGGACUGAUUCCUGGUCAGCUGUUCAGUAUUUUCAGUUUUACAGCUAUCUCAGUCAACAGCAAAAUAUGAUGCAGGCAAGGCUUGAUUACAUUCGGACUUCUACGUACCAACGUGCCAUUUUGGCAAAUUCAAAAGCUGACUUCGUCGGUAAAGUUGUUCUGGAUGUUGGUGCUGGCUCCGGAAUCCUGUCAUUUUUCGCUGUGCAAGCUGGAGCAAAGCGCGUUUACGCUGUAGAGGCUUCGAAUAUGGCUGAACACUGCCAAGUUCUUGUGAAAGCAAAUAAGCUUGCUGGACGAAUUGUGGUUGUUAGCGGAAAAAUAGAGGACAUUACUCUGCCUGAACCGGUUGAUGUUAUAGUGUCGGAACCGAUGGGCUACAUGCUCUAUAAUGAGCGGAUGCUGGAGACAUACGUUCAUGCUCGCAAAUUUCUUGCUUUUCAACACCGUGCCAUGCGGAAAAAGGUCGCUGGGGAGAAUGGUAGCUCUGAUUCCGAAAUGAGGGACGCAUUUGUAAGCAAAAGUUACCAAAGUUGGGAUGAAGAAGUUUUUGCAGAACCAAAGCCCGGUGUUAUGUUUCCUUCUAUUGGUAAAAUGUUCGUUGCACCAUUCUCUGAUGAGGCUCUCUUCGCAGAAUUGUAUACGAAGGCCAACUUCUGGUAUCAGCAGAGCUUUCAUGGCAUGGACCUGAGUGCAUUACGCGGGGCUGCGAUUAAAGAAUACUUUAACCAACCGGUCGUAGAUACGUUCGAUAUAAGUAUCUGUCCUGUGACUGAGCCUUGCGUCCACAAUGUCGACUUCCGAACUGUUAGCGAGUCUGAUCUGGCUAACAUUGAAAUUCCGUUAGUUUUUCACGUCAGUCAAUGUUCAACUAUACACGGGUUGGCAUUCUGGUUCGAUGUUGGUUUUCUGGGCUCUCAGACGGAUGUUUGGUUAUCAACAGCGCCAACUGAACCACUCACACAUUGGUAUCAGGUCCGAUGCUUACUGGGAACUGCAUUAUUUGUACAAGAGGGUCAGAUUCUGACAGGCCACGUUAAAAUGGUAGCCAAUACGCGGCAGUCCUACGAUGUUGAAAUCGAACUUGUGGUUCCCGACAGUGACACAAAGAUAACGAAUCACUUGGACCUGAAAAAUCCACACUUUCGCUACACCGGAUAUCCUCCGGCUCCUCCACCUGGAUCCCACACAAAGUCGCCUACUGAGGUGUACUUCGCCAAUGUGUCAGGGUCGGCUACCACUGUUGUUGCCUCGCAGACGCAAUCCACAGUCAUUGCAGCCGAUCAAGGCUCCACUAGUCGGGGUGCAUUCGUGGCUACAAACUCCACGGCAAUGGGUGGCUCAGGUGCAACCCUUCUCUUUCCCUCCAGUGCUGCCACCGCCACUGCAGUUCCUGACCAAACCAUUGGAGUUGGCGGUGGCGCUGGAAUGAUUGCUGCGGCUACGGUUCUUCCCCAGUCGUCUUGUGGCGCUGUUGCCGGCUUGGUGAACGCAGCUCCCAUUGGUGCUGGUGAAGUCUUCCCCAAUGGAUGCUGGACUCUUGGAGGUCAAGCACACUUGCUCACCCCCGCCAGCACUCUGCAAGCUGGACAUUUUCAAGUUCCGACACCAACCGGAUCGAACGCUAUUGUCUACGACCCUCGAACGUCUGUUCCCUAG